AUGCCCAUCCCUUUUCUCGCAUACGUCUACCACCAUGGUGCCCCGGAAUGGGUACCACAUCCAUGGAGCAUCAUCAAAGCCGGCGGCACUCUAACCGCCCUGGCCCUAACCAAAUGGUACUGCACCGGCGCCACAAACCUUUCUGAGCGUAAACUGCACGGCAAGGUUGUCAUGAUUACCGGAGGUACAUCCGGCAUUGGGGCGGCCGCGGCGUUGGAGAUUGCCAAGCGAGGCGGACAGGUGGUUUUGCUCACCAAGCAGCCGCCUUCGGAUCCGUUCUUGGUCGAAUUCAUUGAAGAUAUGCGCUCGAGGGCAGGUCACACCAUGAUCUAUGCCGAGCAGGUCGACCUCGAGUCCAUGUACAGCAUCCGAAAGUUUGCAACCAAGUGGAUCGACAACGCCCCUCCCAGACGUCUAGAUGCCAUCGUGCUCUGCGCCGCCACGCUCACGCCGCCCGGGAAGCCGCGGACAGAGACCGCCGAGGGCAUAGAGAGCGUAUGGAUGGUCAACUACCUCGCCAACUUCCACCUCCUCAGCAUCCUCAGCCCCGCCAUCAAGGCGCAGCCGUUUGACCGCGACGUGCGAGUCAUCGUGGCUACUUGCCCAUCCUACAUUGCAUCCCCGCCGCUGAGCAAAGCCGUCGGCGCCGAUGCAUGGUCGCCCGGGACGGCCUACGCGAGAAGCAAACUUGCCCUCUUGACCUUUGGCAAGGCUUUUCAAAAGCAUCUGGACGCCUACAAGCGGCCGGACCAGCUGCCCAUGAACUCGCGAGUCGUCUUUGUCGACCCGGGCUACUGUCGCACCACGGGCAUGACGCGCUGGAUCACUCGCGGAACUCUGUGGGGUUUGUUCGUCUACCUGGUGUGCUACUUUUUCUCAUGGCUGCUACUCAAGAGCCCGUACAUGGGUGCACAGUCCAUUCUCUUUGCGCUCAUGGAAGGAGAGCUGUCCCGAAUCCCGGGAGGGCAGCUGGUAAAGGAGUGCAGGGUCGUCGAUUUUGCAAGGAAGGAUAUUGAGGACGAGGAAGCAUCCAAGAAACUUUGGGAGGCGAGCGAUGCCUUGAUCGAGAAGACUGAGAGGGAACAGGGGGCGUUGAGGGCCAAGAUGAAAAAGGAGGAAUCGCAGAAGGAGAAGGAAAAUGAGGAGGCCGAAAAGGUGCAGGAAGUAGAGGCUCUUGUUGAAGCUAUUAAGAAGGGGAGAUCCAAGGAAAAGGAGAAGGAGAAGGAUAAAGACAGGUCCAAGGAGAAGUCAAAAGACAAACAAAAGGAUAAAGAUCGAUCCAAGGAGAGGUCCAAGGACAAGUCCAAGGAUAAAGAGAAGGAAAAGGAAAAGGACAAAUCCAAGUCCAAAUCCAAGUCUUCCAGGAAGAAGGAAUGA